AUGCCGGUUGUCUCAGCAAAGCCCCCCGAGCAAGUCGUCUCCGAGAAGGACAACUCCGGCAAUCUUGACCUCGAGAGCGUUACCGGCACCCAUCCUGCAACAACGGUCGUUCCCUGCAAGAUAUCGCUCGAGGGGAGCCAUGUCGCCAGUUUACUUUCCCUGGGCAAGACCGAUCCCUAUUCCAUCGACAGAUCACUGCAAGACGAGAACGCUCUAGCCAUACUACGCAAUUCUUCGAGGAGUGCCAACGGCGUCAUGAGUCUGGGCAUGAUGGGUGAUUGCUGGGAUCAAGCAGGUCCAAAUCGCAUGAUCGCUUGGAAGACUCGCCAAGAACGCAAGGUCGAUCUCGUUACCUGCUGGAUCGCCAAACACCCCAACCGUCAAGACCUUGCGAAUAGUUUGAUGGACCAGGCGUAUGCCUGCUGUGUAAAGGCUGAUGACGUCUUCGGGGAUAAUUACGACAUGAUCAUCGGACAAGAGGUCCUGAACGGCAAGAUGUUAGCAGCGAAGCGCAGAAACAGGGGGAUAUCGGACAAGGAAUCACUAGAACAGAUCCUUGAAUCCAGAUGGGGCGAGAACUGGAAGAUCUCAAGACAAAACACCCUUCCCGAAGCAUCCGCUCUUGUCGCCGCCUCCUUGGAGAAGGACCCUAUCACCACCGGACGGGCUAUCUUGCGUACCUAUCAAGUCGCUGUGGACGUCGCCAUUGCUGGUUCAAUAGCAGCCGCAGAGACACGCCUAGCAGCCACAGAGAGAAGUCUGCAAGGCUCGGUACACGACGAUUGGGACGACAGUGACGGCUCGGGGCUUGAGAAUCGGGACAACGGUCUCGCAGAGAGCCAGGACGGCCCGGGGCUUGACGACGCAGAGAGCCAGGACGAUUCGAGUCUUGACAAUCGGUCGGGCAAGUCAGAACAGCAUUGUGGGCUCGGAGGACAUGGGGCCAGGACCAAUCAACAUGACAAAGAGAUGGAUGUCGAAACGUUGGUUGAUGCAGAUGUAGACGUUGACAUGGAGAAUAUGGAGCAGACAACCAUUCCCAUCCCUAUGCCCACGUUGUGGCCCAACACCACCACCGGCAUGAUAUCCAGAGGCAAGCGCUUUUCCGGCAGUUUGGCCAUGGCCAUGGAUGUCAAAAAGGAGUGGCAAUCCCAGUAUUGCCAGGCGAGUUUGGACUAUGCCAUGAAACAGAACCCAAUCAAGCAACUCGAUCUUGGCAAAUCACUUGCUGCUAUCCAUCGAGAUCGGACCGCCGGCUUCACGGACGUCACGAAACGUCUAGAAAAACAAGACUACACCAUCAUCACUGUUCCCAAGACAUGGAACGACCUUAUCAAGGGAGCCAAGACCGUACCAUUCCAACGUUCCGAUACCCGGCCGUGCGAUGAAGUAUGGGCCCAGAUGCUAGACGGUUGGGACAAGUCCGCCGCUACCUUACCUCUGCAUGAAGGUACCGUCUUGCUGGAGACUUCCAAUCACAAGCCUCUCGGCUUUAAGAUCAGCGGGAUCAUGACAACGAACCACGACAGGGCCAGGAACCAGCUGCUGAGCCUGCACGACCAAGAAAAAAUUCCGGAUCCAAAGGGCUGCGAUAACAGACACAGCAAUCUUAAAGCGGCCCGAGCAAAGUACGGCUCGGAUGCAGGUGUGCUCCACCUUGCCUAUUGGAUAGCGACAGGUCAGGCCCGACGAGGUCCUGUCGUAUCUUCCGAUAACCUCAAAGGCUGCUAUGCCAACAGGACGAUCCGAACCUUUCACGACGAACUUCGGCCUUUUCUUCAAUUCAUAUCCAACUUGUUCAAGAUUCUUGAUCCCAAGCAAUAUUCCCAUCAUCGCCAGCAAAUGGAUCGCUUAGCAGGUACGCAAGCCGACCUCACGACUUACUUGCAGGAAUUGCCCUGCCCCUUUCUCGGGAUGGCUCUGGUCUGGAACCUUCAAGUUACUCCUCACGUCGACGAGGGGGACGCCAAGCACGGCUAUGUCUGCAUCACCAACACCGGAACGCAUGACAAUUGUCAUCUUGUGCUUGGGACGGUAGAUCAACAGUACAAGCUGGCUUAUGAUCCCGGCUUUGCAUCGGUACCUCUCCGUCUGCACCAGCGCUAUGACUCUGGAAUGUCGAGUCGAUCACGUCAACCGAGACGAUUCUCUCCAUCAUCUCAGCUGUGUCGUCAUGAAGGAUUAGUAUGCAUCCUCCGGCAACACCGAGAAGCGUUGAAGCGUUGUGGCAGCGAUGCUUGGAGAUGGGUUGGGGCAACAACUUUACGAUCAGGCAGUCAAACAAUCAUUUCAUCAUUCGCUGGCUGGAACAAGGCUCUUGCCUACAAUUGGAAGGGUCUUUGGGAAAGGGAAGUCGUACUGGCUCCAAGGGCAGAAGUCCCAGAGAUCGUGGAGGAACCGAAGCCCGAAUCGCCCGAAGACGACCCGACAGACCCGUCCAUCAAGGAGGUUCCCUUUGAGGAGACUCCCUCCAAGGCGACUCGCUCCCAGACGGCUCGCAUCUAUGAGUCUUCUGCUCCUGUGCAGGAUAUAAAGAGGGAAACAGUCGGGGAAGCGGGGGAGGAGCCGGGGUCCGAUGAUGACGAUGAUCCUGAAGAGGAGGAUACAGACGACGACAACGGCUCCGAGAUAGACCUGGAUUGCCCUGACGACUCAGACUCGGACAUGGAUCCUCAAGACCUCAAAGAUGCCCAACCGAGCAAAAACGAGGACUUCCGGUUGGUUUGA